UUUUCGCACUACUUCCCCCGUCGUCGUUCUACUGGCACGGCACUAAUAUUUUUAAAGUGCAAAUCAAUCAAUAUCGUAUAGAAGUUUUAAGUUACAUGUUAUCAUGGGGCGAGUGACGAAAUCCAUACCAAGUGGAUACAGUGAACAGCUAAAGCUAGACGUCAUUUAGUUCAGUACACCAAGUGACCGCGCGCCGCGAAUGUGCGCGCAAUAGCACGCGACCGUUCAAAUUUCGAAUUUAAAUUAAGAAGUGCUUAUUUUUUUUUUUUACAAGAAAAAAAGAAAAGGAAAAUGGCGUGUCCUAUGAGCUAUGCUUCGGCGGAGUCUAUGGGACAAGAUGGCAGCCAUCUUGGCAACGAAGCCGGCAUGCUGUAUGGGGAAUACCUCAUGCUGGACAAGCUCCUUAACGCGCAGAGGAUGCUCAGUGCUGAAUCCUCCAGACCUGUGCAUGAUGAGCAUCUAUUCAUAGUCACACAUCAAGCAUACGAACUGUGGUUCAAACAGAUUUUGUUUGAGAUAGACUCCGUGAGGUCGCUGCUCGACGUGGACGGCCUGGACGAGGGUCACACUAUGGAAAUCGUAAAGAGGCUCAACAGAGUCGUACUUAUUCUUAAGUUACUAGUGGACCAGGUGAUGAUUUUAGAAACAAUGACUCCACUCGAUUUUAUGGACUUCAGAAACUACCUGCGACCAGCUUCGGGCUUCCAAAGUUUACAGUUUCGUCUGCUUGAAAACAAGUUAGGUCUCAAACAAGCGCUACGUGUGAAAUACAAUCAGAACUACCAGACCGUGUUCGGAGACGACCCUCAGGCUAUGGAAGCGUUACAAAAGUCUGAACAAGAGCCAACACUACUAGCCCUCAUAGAACGGUGGUUGGAACGCACUCCGGGUUUACAAACGCAUGGCUUCAACUUUUGGGGCAAAUUUCAGGCAGCAGUUGAGAAAACAAUUGCACAAGACGUUGAUGCAGCCAAUCUCGAAACAAACGAAGACGUCCGCCAACACCGUCUUCAGGACGCGGAAAACAGGCGCGUGAUCUACCGCUCCAUCUUCGACCUAGAGGUGCAUGAUGCACUCAGAUCUAGGGGAGAGAGGAGGUUGUCGCACAAAGCGCUGCAAGGCGCCAUUAUGAUCACGAUCUACCGCGACGAGCCUCGCUUCUCUCAGCCCCACCAGCUCCUCACGCUGCUUAUGGACAUCGACAGUCUUAUCACCAAAUGGCGAUACAACCACGUAAUCAUGGUGCAGCGUAUGAUCGGCUCUCAACAUCUCGGUACCGGAGGCUCCUCUGGCUACCAGUACCUUCGCUCUACACUCAGUGACCGUUACAAGGUGUUCCUGGAUCUCUUCAACUUGUCCACGUUCCUUCUGCCGCGCUCUGCCAUCCCUCCCCUCGAUGAUAGCAUGAAGAAGAGCCUGAACCUAAUGUGGGGGAGCAGUGGUUGGGAGCUCACACAAAAUCAACAAGAAAACGAUUCGAAUAUCUCAUAGACGUCUAUUAUAAAUUAGGGAGACUCCUCAAGACAGAGCACAAACGAAUCUAUUGAAAGAAUCGUUAUAACUAGUAAGUUCAUCAGAUAGAAUGAGACAGCAACGUGUGUUGUCUUGUUCUUUCUUGUGUAACCGCUGAAUGAAGCGUUUCUAUUCAUAGAUUGGUUUGUACUAUAUCUAGAGGGGCUGUUUAGAAAAAAAACCUUUCAAGUUAAGAGGCAUGUACAAUAGUUAUUUCCAAAUUAAUUGCACACAUUUGACUUGAGUAUUCAUAUAUUGUAUUUUAAUAAAAAAUGCUUAUGUGGGUAGUUCACUAACGCUUUUUGGCAAUUUCGCGUAAGGUUGAUAGAGAAGAAUGCAAUAUUUCGUCAUAGUCGUAGAGUACUGACGGAUCCGACGAAGAUUACAUAUAAAGAUCCGUCAGUAUUCUACGACUAUGACGAUUUGUCAACAAUAUAAUGUGUGAAUACAUACAGGCUAUUGCAUUAUGUAUUGUAACAAUACAUACAUAUUUAUAGCAACUACAAAGAUCAAAAUCAGUGAAGUAAUGUCAAAUUGUAAACUGAAAAAUAUGGUUUGUUUUCAACAACAAGUCUACUAUUUACAUAUACUUAAAAAAAUUUUCGUGUAUUAUAAUUUUUUGCAACUUUUAUCUAACUGCCUUUAUAUCUACUCGUAUUUGUGUAAAUGUAUACGAUCAGCCUUAUAUUGAGUUAUUAGGUAAAAUGAUUGCCUCUUAACUUUUUAAUUUUUACAAUUUUACAGUGAAUAACAAAAUACUGUGGCAGCUUCGAUCUGUAUUAAAUUAAUUAAUACAGUUCGAAGCUUAUAAUUCAAUGAUAUUAGUGUCUACAUAAUUGUUAUAAAUGAUUAUCGAAUCGAUAAAUGUCGAGUAUCGAUGAAUUGUCGAAUUAAUAGGACGAGUUCCUGGUAAGACAUCGUUUAAAUUUGAGGCCUUCGAAAGUUUAUGUUCUCUGCAUACCUCACAUUGGAAGUGGUGUGAAGAUAUAAAUAGAGAUAUAUAGAAUAAUUAAAAUUAUAAUGAAUAUAAUAUUAAUUAUUAUUUGUGUACUAUAUAUAACAUAUGUAUAUAGGACAUAUGUUUCUUAUGGUCUCUCAUUUAAGUUAUUAUUAAGUGACAAGCCUAGGAGAGCAGUGAUUGAGAACAUUUAUCUCUUAAAAUAUAUAGGCUCCCGUUUAGUAUAGGUAAUACUGGAUUCGAUUCUCGGUUCGUUCAAUUGAUAGAACAUUUUUUUUUUUAAUUGAUUCUGAUGUGUUUUACCGAUUUGUGCUCCCCAAUGUUUGUUGUUCAAUUCCUAAUAAUAUAAAAAACAUCAGUUUGAAGAGGUACAGGAGUUCACCAUUUUAUGGCGCUCGGUUGUAGUGACACACUAUAAUACUUCGUGUAUAACCGACUUGGCAAUUAGUGACUUAGUGUCAAACUAGAUGGCGCCACUCUUACACGGUUACACACACACACGCCAGUCGACAAAAUGUUAAUUAAUAACUACAAAUAAAAAAUGAACAGAUUGCAUAGAAAUUACGAUUUACCUAUUACCUGUUAAACUACUUUACUAUUGACUUAUCAAUAAAGAUAUUAAAAAAAUAA